CACGUUGGGAAGCGGUUUGGUUAUAAUCUGUGCUUUUUCCGUGUUUCUUGAAUUUUUCCAACUUUUUAAAUUAUUCUCCGAGUGUUUUUGCAUUUAUCUGUACAUAAUCAUGAGUGAUAACGUUCAUGGAACAUUCGUUUCGCAUAAAGUGAGCAAAGUCAGGUGGAAGCCAGGAAACAAUUCAGUCUCCGAGACGUUCAUCACCGGUUCUUGGGAUGAGGAACUUAAUCUCCUCAAACUGUGGAUGUAUCCUGAAAAUGACAGUGAACAACAAAAUCCUGAUUUGUAUCCAUUAGCAACCUCAGUUCAAGUUCAUGAAGGAAAUGUAACAGAAAUCAAGUUUGUAGAUAAUGAUUUAUUCUUAGUGUCAUCAUCUCUUGGCUCUGUGAGACUAUGGAAGGUUUUCGAGAGUAAAAUCACCCGGGUUACAGAAUUGAAAGAAAUAACUGCUUGGAAAAACAUUCAUUACUUUCAAAAUGGUGAACGAAGCUCUUGCAAUGGCAUUGCAUGUUACGAAAAUGAUGCUGUAACUAUUGGAGAGGAUGGCAGGAUCAAUGUUCUCUCAGUGAGUGAAGCGGAGCCUGUUCGUUGCAUAGAUGAAGCAGAUAGUUGCUCAAUGCAAUGUGUCUGUUUCUUAAAACACAAUGAGAUCAUGGCAGGAAACCUAAGGGGCCAAAUGAAGAUAUGGGACUUGCGAAGUCCUCUUCUCCAGCCAAGCAUGACAUUUUUAGUAAGCGGAGAGCCCAUAGCAGCAACUUGUCUAACAGUUCAUCCAUCGCAGAAACACAUAGUAUUUGCAGGAGGAGAAGAUGGCUUCAUUACAAUUUGGGAUUUACGGCAGGGCACUUCACCUGUGACCCUCUUAGAAGCCCAUAGCAGCUCAGUGAACGAGUUAAUGUUCCAUCCUGAUCGACCCGAGCAUUUUAUGUCCUGUUCUGCAAAUGGAGAUAUGUGGCAUUGGAACUCAAAGACUUCACUGAAAGAUUCUGUUUUAGAUAGUACCUAUGUUGACAUUCCCUGGCUGAGCAGCACUGCAGUCAAAAAACAAGUCGAAAUUGUUCCCCUGAUGCAAUCGCUACCUCUACCUGUGAAUUCAUUCGAUUUAUCUAAAAAUAGAUUAAUUUUAGCCAGUGAUAAUGAAGCUAUCUAUAUUCAUAAGAACUUGAGAAUUUAACCGCAAGUACCCUCUACUUUUUUGUACUGUACAUAGUUUUAAAUUUUUUGAAACCAGGUAUAUCCAAGAGUUGGUAACUUCUUCCAAUCUCAGAGAAUACAAAGAUUCCACAAAUUUUAUGGAAACAGUUUCAGAAACUUUCAAUCUCAGAAAAUGCAAAAAUUCCACAUUUCAGGAAAACAAUUUCAGAUUUUAGCUGUAAAUAGUUCAUAAUAUCUCAAAGAAGAAGAAAUUUGGAAGUAUUCUGAGAAAAUUUCAAGAAAUGGAAGAAAAAACCCACUUUUCUACGAAAUUUCUUCAAUAAUGAAGCUGCAUUUAUGGAACUGGAAAGCUUUACUUCUCCAAAGACAUGAAUCUUUGAUUAUUAUUGAAAGUUCCAUCCAUCUAUGAAUGAUCCUAUUUUUAAUAUUGGAAAUUCAUGGCAAGGUAGACUAACAAAAUGUUCUAGUUUAUUUUCUAUUUUUUCAUCCCAAAACUAAAUUGUUGCUAAGCGAAAAGGACUUCGCACACUCCUUAUGGGAUUGUGCACCACAAUCGAUUACUGAUUUUUUUAUUGCAUUAAAUUCGUUGUUGCAUGCUGAUCAAAAGUCAUCAUUGCAGCAACUUUCUAUGAGCCACCGUUUUCGCAGUAUUUCGCACAGUCAGCUGAGAAAGUGGUGGAAUUUUCGAUUGUUACUUGUGUAAGUGAAGGUAGCGAGGCGAUAUCUAUUUUAAAACAAGGAGAACCUGGCAGUCUUAUCUCGGAUUCCGUGCGCCUUUUCGUUUCACCAUCCAAAUCAGAUUCCUUCUCUCUCCUACUCUUUUCCUCACCUAUCACUGGCUUGGGUUUUCCUUUUUAAAUCGCCGUGCUGGCCUCACUUAUUCAUGUAACUAUCAAAACUUCCGGCGCAGACUGUGCGAAAACACUGCAAAAACAGUGCCUCGUAGAAAGUUGGUGCAAUGAUGACUUUUGAUCAGCGUUCAAAAAUGAAUUUAAUGCAAUAAAAAAUUUUGAAAUCGAUUGAGGUGUACAAUUCCAUGAGGGAUGUGCGGGGUCCUUUCCCUCAAUGCAAUUCUCUAUCAUUACUUUAAUUAUAUAUCUUUGUGAAGCUGUAAAAUGAAAUUUUCAACCAUGUUUAGUCUAAUGCAUUUAAAAUGCUGAAAAAGAAGAAUGCUAAGUCACCUUUAAUAAACCUCAUGUGUUUUCAAAAGAA